AUGUCUGCUCUCGACGUUCCCGAAACUGGGUUGUCUCUACUAAGAGACAACCCCGGAGACAAUGCCACUGCCAAACCGCCUCCCGUCAUGCGACUGAAUCUGGCUCAGAGUACUCUUGAUGAACUCAUACAGAGCUUACGGAAAGAUCAAACAGCUCGAAUUCGAUUAGGCAAACACCCGACCCUGUACUACGGCUCCAAAACGCAGCAAUUUCACUCCGCACCCGAAAUUCACCGAUCCGAGGUCUACGCCGCUAGCUCCACCGACAAAGAGAACUUAUACUUCGCAGGCAUUCUGAGUCACAGGUUAGAGGUUCAAAGGGCCAAAGAGGCCACCGCGGCCACUGAUCAGGCUUUGGCGAACCUUGAGCAGAGCCUGAAUGCUUUUGAAAGAGGGAAGGAAUCAAAGAAAACACACAUGAUUACGAGCAUUGAUGAAGUCAAAGCUCUGCGAGCGGGCGAUCUCAGGUCCAGCACCGGUAGAGAGGCUGCCAUCCUGGCUCGAAAGCCGACAACCAAGGUGGAAAUAGAGAAAGAACGUCUCCUCAAGAAUACCGCCAACCGUUCUUUAUCCUCGAGCCCAGCCCUUGGCGUGUCUCGCUCUCCAGCACCGAUACCGCCGCUCACUCCGACAUCCGCACCCUCCUCCCAAAACAAGGACCGCAUUCGCCUCGAUGCCCUCAAAGUACCUUUCAUUCAUCUUCUCGCCGUGCGUGUUGUCUCUGCCAAAUUUCUCGCACGCCAAACGCGAUCGUCCCUUGAAGACUGCUCAGCUCUGGCUCGGAAAUACGGCAUCGAAAACCGGAUUGACCCUGAAAAGUUCGAUCUUAGGGACAAGACUUACAAAGAACUGGACGUAUGGAAUUUCCCAUACCCUUCCCAGGAGGAGCGGCAAGAAGCUAUCGAAAAUGCCAUAUCGGCGUUUGAUCGGAUGCGGAUAUCGCGCUCGGAUAAGCUCUGGCAAAUGUUGCUCCCCAAAGAAGAACGCGGCAAGGGCAAGUGCUUGUCGCGAUUGGACCUGCGGACAGGGCCUAUUAAAAAGGCUCUUACUCCAAAAAUUCAAGUGCAUGCAUCUGACGACAACGGAAAGGAUGGCUAUACGACCGGUCACGAGACUGAUAGGGCCAGUGCCAAUGGCCCGACUCCAAAGCCAGCUCCCAAAUCUGGCGCGCCAGCUCCGAAGAAACGGGCCAAUGACAAAGAUUCUUCUACAAAACGAGCAAAUCCUACCAAGAGCAAGACUUCCACGAAUAGCACGCUGACGGGACGGGUCACCAAGAAGGCGGAGCGGAAACCAGCAUCGAAGACGGACGGCAAAUUCAAAUCGGCAGAAUUUGUUCAGGAAUCAGACGAAGAUGACACAGACAUGCUGGAUGCACCGGUGCCCGCACCAGCACCAGAGAAGGCGAAGCCAGAGCAACCGAAGGUCCAGCCUAAACCCAAACAGACUGCGCCGGGCAAAGUCGGAGAUCCCUCCCAUGCGUCGACGUCCAAGGUGAAUCAGUCCGAGGCCCCGCCUUCCAAAGCCGAAUCAACCUCUCAGAAUUCCAUCAAGUCUGUCGCUGCAAAGAGGCCGCCGUCCAACCGAGCACCGAACCAGAGAUCACCUCAAAAACCGUCGCCUCUCGGAUCCUCUCCCCCAGCCAAUGCAUCGGAUGCCCAAAGUCGCAGUCGUUCUUCGAGUCAAAACAAUACCUCUAGUUCCUCGUCCUCUCCUCUUAUCUCACAGUUAUCCAAACCGAACAAGGUCACACAGUCGACUGGAGCGAUCAAGACCAACGGAGUUGCUAAGACAACGGGGCCUGUGAAUCCUUUGAAGCGCAAGGCAGAGACAGACCGGCCAUCUGCAAUUCAGUCCAAGACGACUGGCCGCACAACCGGCAACCUAGAACACAAGCGGAGGCGGGCAGUCAGUACUUCGAGUGGCAGCACUGGGAGCGCGUCGCCGCCUCUCAGCCGUGAGAUACUGCGCCAGCAAUUACGAGAGAAGUCGCAGAAAUUCAAGCAGUACUACGCCAAGUAUCGUGCACUACAUGAUUCCAUGGCUUCGCAUCCAGACCCACCGCGGGCGGAGUUGGAGCGAUUACAACGACAGCAUAUUCGUCUACAACGAAUGAAGAAGGAAAUCUGGGACGAGCACGGACGACUCCGGGAUGGUCUCUAA